CAAAACCGAACGCUCUUCUUCGUCUCUCUCUCUCUCGCGCUCUCACUGCUUCUCUCCAUCUCUUUCUCUCCUUUUCUAGGGUUUCGUUGCAUCUCCAUUGUUGAGCUUCAUCGAUGGAGGACAUCCCUAAGCCGCAGCGCCUCCGGUGCUCAGUCCAGAACUACAACUGGGGACGCACAGGGGAGGAAUCCACCGUCGCAGUCCUGUUCUCCCGGAACAACCCCAUAGAUCCCGAGAAACCCUACGCUGAGUUCUGGAUCGGCACUCAUCCUUCUGGCCCUUCCUCUUUGCUGUCUCUGGGUUCCUCUGACUCUCGGCCGGUGCUUUUGAAGUCCUGGAUUCUUGAAAACCCCAGCGCUGUCCUCGGCGACAAGGUUUCUGAGAAGUGGCAUGGCGAUCUCCCCUUCUUGUUCAAGGUUUUAUCGGUUGCUAAGGCGCUGUCGAUACAAGCGCACCCCGAUAAGGAGUUGGCGAAGGUGCUGCAUGAGAUGAAUCCCAGUGUUUAUAAGGAUUCGAAUCACAAGCCGGAAAUGGCGAUCGCUCUCACAGAGUUCAAGGCUCUCUGCGGUUUCGUUGGCAUUGAGGAGCUUAAGGAUGUUCUUACUAGUGUACCUGAGAUAAGAGAUAUGAUUGGUGAUGAGCACAUAGGCAAGUAUAUGAGUAUCAAAGAAACAGAUCCUUAUGAUGAAACAAAAGUUGUCCUGCAGUCAAUAUACACAAAGCUUAUGUCAACAAGUGAGGAAGCAGUUUCCAAGUCUGUAUCUAAACUCAAACAUCGUUUGAAUAUAGAAAGUAAGGUUAGAAUGUUAACUGAGAAAGAAGAACUGGCACUACAAUUGGAGCAGCAGUAUCCGAAUGAUAUUGGUGUUAUAUCAUCCUUCUUUUUCAAUUUUGUGAAACUCAUCCCUGGUGAAGCUUUGCACAUAGGGGCUAAUGAACCCCAUGCUUAUAUCUCUGGUGAAUGUGUUGAAUGUAUGGCAACAUCAGACAAUGUAGUACGUGCUGGGCUGACUCCAAAAUAUAAAGAUGUUCAGACUCUUUGCUCCAUGCUUGCAUACAAGCAGGGUUAUCCUGAGAUUUUGCUGGGGACUCCUUUGAAUAAUAAUGUAUCGAGGUACAUUCCUCCCUUUGAUGAAUUUGAGGUUGACCACAUUUCUCUUUCUCCGGGUGAGUCUGUUUCAUGCCCUGCUGUUUUGGGUCCCUCCAUUUUUGUUGUGGUGACUGGAGAGGGGAGUAUUCAGAUGUGUUGUGCAACUGAUGAAGAUAAGAUCACAGUCGGCGACGUAUACUUUGUGCCUGCCAAAAAUGAAAUUAAACUGACAUCUGGUGGUACCGGAGAAACUCAAGUGUAUCGAGCCGGGGUAAACAGCAGAUUAUUCAACUUUGUGCCUGCCAAAUCGGAAGAUAUAAUGUUUGAAACUAUCCUCAUUUUUGUUGAAAUUUAUGACUGAGAUUAGAGACAGAUUUGCAAUAAAGUCAUGGAAUCAAAUCAUCCUUCAGUUGAAUUUGCAAGGUGUGUGUGUGUGAUCCAGUCAGUAGGAAAUGCGGCGGAUGAGACGGCUGUUCACCAUUUAAUCAUCUGCUUCUCUUUUCUGGUCAAAUAAGCAUGGAUAUUAGUUGGGGAUUAUGAACUGAUAGCAUGAUGUUCUUCUAAGCUGGAAUGCUGAAGUGCAAUAGUGAGUGACAGUGAUUUACUUAGAAAUUUUUAUCUACUUGUGAGUUUUGCAUCAACAUCA